AUGUCGCGAGCAGCGUGUGAGGGCUGCAGUGCUCGUCGUGAGAAGCCAGCGUGGCUUUCACUGUUGCUCGCGCUCGCUCGCGGGGAUCCCACCGCGAACCAAAGCAUGUGGGCUUCGUCCAUCGCAUUCAGCCGUGGGAACGUGGCGUCAACGUCCCAUCGAUGUGGCCCGAUUGGAUCCACUGUUCGUCGUGAUCCCGCGGUGCGCGUCGUCCCCGGCGCUCGUCGGCACCGUCAUCGAAGGCGUCGCCCCGCGUCGUCAGAUCGGGAGGACACGCUCAGCGCCUUGGACAGGCUCGUGCCGGGGUUGUCCGCCGAUGAGGCCGCACGGACGCCACCCCGUACCGCUGAUGAUGAAGACGACCGGCGCACGGUCCUCGGCGACGGGAGGGUGGUGAGGGAGGUUGUGGUGGAGCUGGAACCGCCGGACAACAUCGCGGUUGCCAAGAUACGGGUGGAGUCCGCGUCGACGCGGUGCGUGCAGAUGACGGUGCCGCCCCCGCUGGGCAUCUCCUUCGAGGAGAACACGGAGACUGGGGAGAUCUUCGUCGCGGAGAUCGCCCGGGGGAGCAACGCGGAUGCGGCUGGGGUGGCGAAGGUCGGAGACGUCUUGCGCGCGGCCAGCGCGAUGGUCCCGGAGAUGAAAUACGGCCAAGGGAACCUGCUUCUGGGAGGGAACGGGCGCCCGGGUUUCAGGCGUGUGCUGUACGUGGUACCCAACGGCGAAGACUACAGGCCGGGGCCGGGAACUUCGACGUGA